AUGCGGAGGUAUCUCCUACACCGGAUCUACGACCUUCACUGCGAGCCAAGCACUUCGACUAGCUCGGAGUCAGUCUCGGCGCCAGUGACAACUUUCUCGACUGUUGCUUCUGUGACCAGACAGCCCUCAUCGACAGUGGCUCCAACUUCGUCCCCAGCUUUGUCUACCUCCCUAGGCAAUUCUCUGACCACUGUCAGCAGCUCUUUUGCCAAGGUGGAUGGUCUCAAGUUCAACAUUGACGGCGAGACCAAGUACUUCGCUGGCACGAACUCGUACUGGCUGCCAUUCCAGACCAACGAUGCAGACGUUGACUCCGUCUUCAAAAAUCUGAAGGAAUCCGGUCUGAAGAUUCUCCGAGUUUGGGGUUUCAACGAUGUCAACACCGUCCCGGCAGCUGGCACUGUCUACUUCCAGCUCCACGACAAGGCUACCGGUACUGCUACCAUCAACACUGGUGCUGAUGGUUUGCAGCGCCUUGAUUAUGUUGUCUCCGCUGCCGAGAAGUACGGCAUCAAGCUUAUUAUUCCCUUUGUGAAUUCAUGGAACGAUUAUGGUGGCUUCAAUGCCUACGUCACUGCCUAUGGAGGCAAUAAGACGGAAUGGUACACCAAUGAGAAGAUCCAGAGCGUGUACCAGGCGUACAUCAAGGCUGUUGUCUCUCGCUACAAGAAUUCCACUGCCAUCUUUGCGUGGGAGCUGGCUAAUGAGCCUCGCUGCUCCGGCUGCGAAACCGGCAUCAUGGCAAACUGGGUAGCCAAGACUUCUUCCUAUAUCAAGUCCCUCGAUUCUAACCACAUGGUUACCACCGGUGAAGAGGGCAUGGGCCUAACUGUCGGAUCGGAUGGCUCUUACCCUUACAGUACCUCCGAAGGCGGCGACUUUGCCAAGAACCUUGCCGCCCCUAAUAUUGACUUUGGAGUGUUCCAUCUCUACGUGGCCGACUGGGGUAUCACCGAUAACUCUUGGGGCAAUGGAUGGAUCGAGGCCCAUGCCAAGAUCUGCGACGCUGCUGGCAAGCCUUGCUUGUUCGAGGAAUAUGGCAUCAAGAAUGACCACUGCUCCGACUCACUGAAAUGGCAGAAGACCGCCUUGACUACCACCGGCAACGCUGCUGAUCUCUUCUGGCAGUAUGGCGAGCAGCUGUCCUCUGGCCCCUCUCCAAAUGACGACUACACCAUCUACUAUGGCACUGACGAUUGGAAGUGCGCUGUCGCCGACCAUGUCAGUCAGAUUUAA